GAUUCCCCGCCUCCAGAACCAGCUGAGGCAUGAGCCUGAAGGGUCCUCACCUGUGCUAGAUUCUCAGGUACAGGCACCAGCUGAGUCUGCUCUGGCUCCUGAGGUGAUGGAGGACCCAUUGCCUGCAGGUGCUCCACUCUCAGCCCCGUCAGGGGAAGCUGAGGUUGCCUCUGGGUCCGGUAACCCUCCAGCCUCUCCUGAGCUGCAGAGGCUCAGGGCAGAGAGGCGGAGGGAACUAAGUUCCUGCAGGAGGAGUGCUCACCUCCAGGCCAGGAGAGGCGAGUCACCUGAGGAUCAGGGCCGCCGUAUGCCUCGGGGCAGAUAAAAGCCGGCCAGCCCCAGUCCCAGGUUGUGGGAGCAACAUUGUUGGUUGCUAGUUCCUGCCCGAACCCUGUCCUGCUUUCCUGCCUGAGCUCCUGACCCACCCUGGCUCCCUGCUUGCAUGCCUGUUCCUGACAUCACCCGACUCCCUGCCCUGCACCCAGCUUCAGCUACUACGGACUGCCUCCACAUUGCACCUUCGACCACUGACCCGAUUUGGACCUCGCCUCUCUGGUAACCCACAGGACCAGCACAGCAGGUGCUCUAUUGCUGAGCUCAGGGGGGUGCGGUCCACCCCAGAUGUCGUCCCUAAGGGGGUGACAAAAUGGCGUGCCCCAGGGGCGGCACUUACCGCAGGGCCUGGCCUGCAGCGCUACCGAGCCACGCGUCUCUCCUGGGAGUGACGCAGUGGCUUGGGACUCACACUGCCCAAAAUGGCAGCGUGGGUCUUGCGUCCGCCAGGCAGACUCCGUGGGCAGCUCGCCACGGUGGGUGGAUCGCCACCUUGCCUCCUUGGGCAGAUUGCCCCGUCUCCGUGGGCAGAUUGCCCUGGCCCCACUGCUCGUGGUGCUGGAACAGCUAGCUACGCCUCUGGCUGAGCUACGCCUCUUCCCUCUAAGCUCAGCAGAGACACACAUUGAGUGAAGCAAAUGCCACAGCUGCCGUGAUCUUCAUUUCCUGGAGGGAAGCCUAUUAUGAGUGUGGGCUAGGACUACAGACCUAACACGGGCCCUGAUCGCAAACAAAUGCAAGGAUAGCAUUAGGCAGAUUGGCCCGGUAAAUUUAUUCAGACCCUGAGCAAUUAACCCACAAAAAAGUGCCUUAGUCCGGUCACAGGCCUUGCUGAAAAGCCCAGACAUGACAAAAUGGAGAGAGAUGGGCAGAGCGGCAUGUUCUGUUUGAAAGCUCCCAGAUCAUACUCUUGACUCGGAGCCAGUUCCCCCUCUCAGUUACAUGAGACAGAUCCAUCAACUCCCUUUACAUCCCUGGCACCAUUUUCUGAUUUGGACGAGGGAGA